AUGGCAGCAUCAAUCAGUCCAUCAUAUCCUGACUCCAUGCAUAAUAAUACCGGUCUAGCAUUGAUUCGGUUAGGCGAUGGAGAAAUGAUGCUUAUGUUUGGAAUUUCAGUUCAAUCUAUUGAUCCAUGGUCUUGGCGUGGCGGUCAAUCAAGAUUAGGAAAAGACUUGAUAAAAUCAUUAAAUUAUCCUAAAUAUCAAUAUAAUGAAUUCAGCCCAGUUUACUAUGGAAUUUAUGAUGCUAAGAAUAUUUGUCCUUUCCAUCAGCUUAUGACAAUGAUUUACCAGCAUCCAAAAUAUUUAACAUACACUAAUUUAUUUGUUAAUUCAAAUUAUCCUGCUACAAAAUUAUUGCAUCGAUCUCUAAUAAAAGAUCAUCAUAAAAAGAUUAUUCUAAUAAUUAACAACCAAACGUCUUCAACAAAAUUAGCUGAACUUAAUGAAUGGGCUUGCGAAAUACUGCAUUAUCCCCAUGAUGGACCUUUAUUAUGGGAAAACGAUCAUUUCAGAGAACAAGCAAUAGGAAAAAUUGUUGCUGUAGCAAAACGAUAUAGAAAUCGAUUAUUCGCAUUUUCUGUAGGUCCACUGUCCAGAGUCCUGAUCCAUAGUGCUUGGCUUGAGAAUCCUUUUAAUCGUUACAUAGAUUUUGGUUCUACACUCGAUGAAAUGACAAAAAGCAGAGUAACUCGACCAUACCAAUCGAACACAGAACUUAAUCAUGAUCCAACAUAUGUUAUAGGCUUUGAUGUAAAUACCCGUAAAUUUCAGAUAUCAUCUGUUGACUAA